AAUAACUUUACCAAAAAUUAUUUUUCUCACUUUUUAACUUUGAUUAUUCUCUUCAUUCUUCAUAUAUAACCACUUCACGCCCAGCGGUAUUUUCCCGCGAAGUUCUAGUAAAGGGGAACACUAGAAGGACGGAAACCGAGCCAAAGUCCAGCUCAACGCAAUCUACGGCACAAGAAUCGGAUUCGAAAAUGUACCCGAAAGCCUCGGAUCCCGCAAUGGAUGCGGAGGGUUUGUUAUGGUUCCAAGUUCCAACUACAGAGCUGACAAAAAGGAAGAAAAGGAGAGUCAGAAUCCAAAGGAGAGCAAUCACCGAACAGAGCACUAUCCGGGUCGAGGAAUUUCCCCAAUUUGUUGAUCAAUCACCUGCUGCAGAUCACUGCGCCAUCAUGUCCACUCUUAAUGGAUUCAAUGCUUACGUUACUGAUGCUCCCGCUCUGGAAUCUUCUUUAACUUCCUUCAAAGAGACAAUGGAUACAUUGAGGGAUGUCUUAGGGAGAUGGACGAAGAAAGUGGGAGAAGCGACAAGGAAAGCCGAGGAUCUGGCCGGGAACACGUGGCAGCAUUUAAGAACAAGCCCAAGUUUUGCUGAGGCUGCCAUGGGAAGAAUUGCUCAGGGAACAAAGGUUUUAGCAGAAGGUGGUUAUGAGAAGAUCUUUAGACAAAAUUUUGAAACAGUUCCUGAAGAGCAACUUGAAGAUUCAUUUGCAUGUUACUUAUCGACAUCAGCUGGUCCCGUCAUGGGAGUGUUAUAUGUUUCUACGGCAAAGCUUGCAUAUUGCAGUGACAGUCGUCUUGCUUAUAAAACUGGGAGCCACACUGAAUGGAACUACUACAAGGUGGUUAUCCCAUUACACCAACUGAAAUCAGUCAAUCCUUCGACAAGCAGAGUCAAUCAUUCUGAAAAGUACAUCCAAGUUAUAUCUAUUGAUAGUCAUGAAUUUUGGUUCAUGGGCUUCUUAAACUACGACGCUGCUGUUAAAUGCCUACAGGAUGUUUUGCAACUCCAUAGCUUCCACUUUGUAUGAUACCAUUUUUGUCUGGCAUAAACUUCAGUCAAGCAUUUACUCUGCUGCUUGGAAGCAUUUGAUAAUGUUUACUCCUUCGAAAGCCUUUCAAUAUUCUACAGAAAUUCAAUAUCAGUUUAACUGUAGAGUUUAUAUAUGGAUAUGGGAUGACAGAAGAACAAAAUAUAAUGAAUAUGUUAUUCUUUCGACUCAUGUAGUUGUAAACUUCACUUGCUAUAUAAUCCAUUCAGUAACUUGAUAUUACACCGAA